UUAAUGACACCAGAGAAACAUUAGUAGCCAUCGAAUUGCAUUUACACCGAAGAAUGAAAUAGGAUAAUCACUAUCCAGAAACAUCUUUCCAGACCAAUAAGAGACAACUUCCGGACCGUUUAUCACCGCCCUAUCUCAGACAUAUACACGCCAUCUACCAGUUUAUAAUAUUUCUGUGGUAUUGACGUACGAGAGGCGUUGAUUCUUAAGUGCUAACAGAACAACAGUCCUUCUCAGCUCGUAGGCAAUGUUGAAGGCUGUAACCAGGUGCCUUUGGUCAAAUCCUGUUGCUGGCAGAAGAAUGAUGUCCCAUCACAUAUCACCGAAUUUGUCGGGAAGAGUUGCUAUAGUAACUGCUUCCACAGAUGGGAUUGGGCUCGCAGCUGCGGAGGCUUUGGGUCAGAGGGGAGCACAUGUGGUCGUGAGCAGUCGACGUCAGGCCAACGUUGACAAGGCUGUGUCACUCCUGCGCAGCAGAAAUAUAAAAGUAAUAGGCACCACAUGUAAUGUGGGGAAAGCAGAAGAUAGAGACAAGCUCAUUAGUAUGACAAUUGAACAAUGUGGCGGUGUGGACAUACUGGUGUCUAAUGCAGCUGUGAACCCGUUUUUUGGGAACAUAUUAGAAUCCACCGAGGAAGUCUGGGACAAAAUACUUGGAGUAAAUGUGAAAGCUUCUUUCCUUCUGACCAAACAGGUUGUGCCUCACAUGGAGAAAAGAGGGGGUGGGUCGGUUGUGAUUGUGUCUUCAGUCGCAGGGUACCAGCCAGUGCAAGGUCUGGGCCCCUAUAGCGUGAGUAAGACGGCCCUGCUGGGCUUAACUCGAGCGCUGGCUCCUGAUCUCACCCACAGUAACAUCCGGAUCAACUGUGUUGCCCCUGGCAUCAUCAAGAUGCGUUUUAGUGCCGCUCUGUGGGAAAAUGAUGUGCUUGAAGAGUUCUUGAAACAGACAAGCAUAAAAAGACUCGGGCAGCCAGAAGAUAUAGGUGGUGUGAUUGCCUUCCUGUGCUCAUACGAAGCCUCAUACAUCACCGGAGAGACUAUCACUGUAACCGGAGGCAUGAACUGCAGACUGUAAGAGUGGCACAGGGGCAGUAACAGUAAUCAUGUACUUGUACAUCAGAUAGAAACCUUCUAAUUCAGUGACCCAACACAUUUGUAACAGCUGAUGCAGAAAUUCAUAAUACAUUUACAAACGUUUAAUUGUAAUAAAAUGAUUUAU